AUGUCGCAAACAACACACAAUGCAAUCUCCCGUUCUUGCGACGCGCACAAAGAUGGUCCUGACAACAAAAGACUGAAGAUAGACGAUGAGGAUGAAUUCCCUUAUAGUGAUCGCAUAACCAUUCUCCAGUCAUACGGAACCGUCGUUUCCCAUGUUCCCACCAGCGAAUUCGAAAAGAUCAUCGUACAAAACACAGGCGUCCACGACGAUUACAGAGGAGCCAGCAUCCAGACUCACAACUUCAAUGUGGAAAAGCCUCUUGUCAGGUUCCUCGCUCACUGGAUACAUCACCGAGACUCGGAGGAAGCAAUCACGGCCACCAUGAAUCGCCAAACCCAGAGAAGACAUGGAGUCCUCGACGAAGAGUGGCUAGACUUCCUGAUCAAAGUCAUGAACUUUUGUGACGACCCAAAGAAGUUUAUCAGCGAUAUCACCGACUCUCUUGUUCACAAUUUCAUGUUCUUGCUAGACAGCGGCGAUCGCUGCCACAUCAAGCAGAUGUACAGUAUCUGCAAAGCUUGCUGCAAAACCCACGCUCUCAUCCGCAUCUUCGCCAACGAAUUUGUUUACUGCGACAAGGAAUUCUUGAUGCGAACUCCUCGUUGCCGUUAUGACUGGGCGGUUCAGAAACACAUGCAGGGAUGGCUGGCUGACGUCUUUUGUCACAACAAAGACUGGAACAGACUUCCAUCAGAUCUCCGAAAUCAGUCCUAUGGAACUUGUUUUCAUCAUGCUCAUGGUAAAGAGAAAGACUGCUAUGUCAGUGGAAGAAUCAUCGAUCGUGGCUAA